AUUAACAUUUUCUGAGCACUUAUCAUGUGCCAGGCACUGUGGGAGGCACUGAAGAAUACAUGAUUGUUGUCCCUAUGUUUAGGGUGGAUUGAGGAGAAAGAAACUGGUGUUACAAAGGUAACCUCGCUACCAGGCCCAAACCGGACAGUUCUAUUGCCGGACAUUCCUGCCGGCUCUGAUUACAACUGGAAAGCGUACUAUACAUGGGAAAGCUUAGUCCUGGCCGCGGAGCGCCAGCCAGCUAGCAGCGGCCACGCUAUCUGCCCUACGCCCUGCGGAGAAAGCUGCCUUCCCAUUGGGAGAGAGGCGUGUCACAAAGUCACACCCGCCCCUAACGACAUCUUGCUGCUAGGGAUUAUGGGAAGUAGAGGAAGAAAGUAACCCGGAACAACAUUUCCAAGCCAGCGCCAGCCUUCUUAAGGGGCUGAGAUCCCCUCCCACCAACCAGCCGAGCUCCGCCCUCAGACUCCGCCCGAGCCGGGGAUCAGGUGACCCAGGGCCCGCGCAGUCACGUGGCUGGGGCGCGCCCGCCAGUUGUGGCCAUGGCGGCCGCAGGCUCCAAUGUGGUGAGGCGAGUGGAGGAGCUCGGUGACCUGGCUCAGGCUCACAUACAGCAACUUAGCGAAGCUGCCGGCGAAGAUGAUCACUUUUUAAUUCGGGCCUCCGCAGCUCUAGAAAAAUUGAAACUUCUGUGUGGAGAUGACAAAGAAUGUUCAAAUCCGUCAGAUCUUCUAGAACUUUACACACAGGCUAUUUUGGACAUGACGUAUUUUGAGGAGAAUAAGCUAGUAGAUGAAGAUUUUCCUGAAGACUCUUCACAGAAAGUGAAAGAACUGAUCAGUUUUCUUUCAGAACCAGAAAUUGUAGUUAAAGAAAAUAAUAUGCAUCCCAAACACUGUGAUUUGCUUGGGGAUGAACUCAUGGAAUGUCUCUCUUGGAGACGAGGAGCCCUACUCUACAUGUAUUGUCAUUCUCUGACCAAAAGGAGAGAGUGGCUCACAAGAAAAUCUAGUUUGCUUAAAAAGUACCUUAUUGAUGGAAUCAGUUACUUGCUACAGAUGCUAAACUAUCGGUGUCCUAUCCAGUUAAAUGAAGGUGUUUCUUUCCAAGACCUAGACACAGCUAAGUUACUGAGUGAAGGAAUAUUUAGUGACAUUCAUUUGCUGGCAAUGAUGUACAGUGGAGAAAUGUGUUACUGGGGCUUGAAGCAUUGUGCAGAUCAACAGCCAGAAAAUCAUGAAGUGGAUACUGGUGCUUCUGGAGCAAGCUACACUACAUACAAAGAACCCUUGGAUUUCCGAGAAGUAGGAGAAAAAAUUUUGAAAAAGUAUGUAUCUGUGUGCGAAGGACCCCUGAAAGAACAAGAAUGGAAUACAACAAAUGCAAAGCAAAUUUUAAACUUCUUUCGGCAUCAUACUAACUAGUAAGUUCAUCUAUUCCUUUUCAAACAGAAAAACAGAGAGACCCAUGAAAUGGGAAAGUUCCAGAAAAGAAGACAUAGUGACACUGAAUUUAAGAAUGUUAUAGUACAUAAAGAUAUCCAGCAUGGUUACCCUUUUUUAAAUGCCAUCACCAUCUUCAAUAUAUAUUCUUAAACCUGUUAAGGAACGAUUCUUUAAUUUCUAAAGUGGCAUCUAUGCUGUUCUAACUCAACCUGAACUAUAGAUACCCUGUAACCAAUACUAAGAAGGAAUCCAACUUAGUUUACAAUGAUUUUUUCUAUUAUUUUAGAUCACAUUUUUUUAUUAUGGUAAAAUAUACAUAACAUAAAAUUGACCAUUCUAACUAUCUUUAGGUUAUUUUUUGAUCUCCUGUCUUGAAGUUUGCUGUGCUUCAAUGAUUAAAACUAAGUCACUUCACUACUGUGGAUAUAUGUUGGGGACAUAAAAUUGGCGAAAUACAAAAUUUUAACAUAUUCAGAUUCCAUUUUCAGAAUAAGAUACUGAUGAAAGAUUCCACAAAGUAAUUGUUUAAUUUACCAUGUAUUAUUAACAGCAUUUAUAAUUUUUUUUCUAUUAGGCAUUUAGGAAAAUUAAAUGAUUUCCCUAUUUUGUUUAACAGAAUAUGCAUGUUUUAUCAAAUGCACAACGAAGAUAAAAUCAAGUUAGGUUAGUCUACCGUUAGCUCAUAUGUCUUUAGGGUACAUCUUUUCAUAUGUAUUAAAUUCUAAUAUGUUCUGUCUUUAAUAGUAGAGGUGAGUGAUAAAGGCCAGAGAGCCUAACGGCAUCUUACUUACAGUCUUUCUGUCUACCUCAAUUCCUGUUGUCAUCUUGGGAUGAUCUGUCUUGUACCUUGCUGAUAUCCUUGACUUCUGUGCCAGUGACUUCAUCACAUUCCAGAAACUUACUGCCAUGGCCACGUGGAAUAUCGCCAUUCUGAGUUUCUCUUUCUGAUAUCUUAAAUUUCAGUAACUGAUGGCAGUUUUCAUCUCUCCAGCUCAUCACUUCCUUAUUUUUACUGAUUUUCCUCUCUCUGUUGUUUCUAUUCUACUAUUUCUUUAACUUCUUUGUAGCCUCCCCCUCUUAUCUGCUCCCCUUUCUCCUAAACUAUCAGCCCCUUUGACAUGUGCUUCCUUCUCUAUCCAGCCUCAGCUUUAUGGGACACCACAUGAAGUACCCUCCAUAGUCUUCCCCUUGUCUGUCAGCCUAAUCAUUCUGCAAGCUCUUAACAACCCUGUCAUCAACCUUUUCUGGGAUGCUGAUUCCAUGGGAAGUAAGCACAGCCCUUCAAAGUGGAAUCACAGUCUCUUGCCUUCAAUUUUAGAAAGCCCUCAGUAUAAGGCUCUUGUCAUUAGCUCAACCCCUCUUCCUUUCCCACGGUGGCUAAUCCAAACCUCUGGCUUCCCUCAUCAUUUUCCUCAGGCCCUUGGUCGCUUCCCCUAGCAUAUGGAUCUUGGUCCCAUCUUACAGAAAAAUGAGACUGUAAGGAGGUUGACUUCUACAUACCAGCUCUGCCCUACUCAUUUUCCCCUUUUUUAGAGGAAAAUAGGUAGCCUGCUUGCUGUUGAAAUCUUCCUCAUUUCUACCUUGUCUCUCUUGUCAUCUCCCUCAUUUCCCCCAGGGCUUCCUUUUUUCUGCUUACCUUUUAGUUAUUGGUCUUCCCUAGAGUUCUUUUUUUUUUGUCUUUUGCCCCUCCUCUUCUCUACAUUUUCUUUCCUUUCUCCUUUUUCUUUUUUUAAUUUGCUAUAUAGAUAUUCACGUGACGUUAUUCAUAGCCAUGGCUUCUUCCACCACCUGUAAUGUUACACUGACUUCCAAUCUUGAAACUUGAAUUUCAGCUUCUCUCCUGCCCUGUAAAUCUACUAUCUAACUGCCUAUUACAUAUCUUCACUUAGACAUCUCAUAAUAAUUACAAAUUCAGUAUGUCCAAACAACUAAUCUCGUCAUCUAAAAUCUUUUCCAGUUCGUGUUUCCUCUUUUUUCUGUUUUCUGCGGAGCAGGGCAACACAGAAAGCCAUAACCUAGUUUCUGCCUACUUUCCCUGCCUCCUCUCUGUAAUUCAUCCUGUGUAAUCAUAUUCUAGUCCAGUGUUCCUCAAUUUAAAACCCAGCUUCCUUUUUGAUGAACAUAAACUUACUGAUAGAGCCUCUUGGAACAUGGAGACACUCCCUAUCUCUGCCCCUGUGUCCUUAUCCUUACACAGCUAAGAAUAUUUUUACUUAACUUAGCUUUUUAACAAGUUUUACUAUGAAAAUACCUUUGAGCUUUCUAGAUAUAAAGAUUUAAAUCAUUUUAGUAUGGCUUUUAGAAUUUUAGACCACCCACCCCCACCCUACUGCUUUUGGAGCAUCAUAGUCAGUCACAAGUACUUCUGGUUCCUUCCCCAGUGUGCUGUGUGUUUUUUCCCUCAUUACCCUUUGAAGACCUCAUGACUUCUGCCUGGAAUGCUUGCUCCAUUUUGUAGCCUAGUGAACACCUACUUGUGCUUUAGGUCUCAGUUGCAAAUGUAAGGCUUUCUUCAAGCCCUUUCUCGUCAGUUAGGUGUUCCUUUGCUUCCCCUCCCAUAUUAUCACACUGAUCACAUUGCUUUAUAGUUUUUUUCCUUAUGAUUGGUGAACUCUGUAUUUUAAAAAUUGUCUUUAUACAUAGUGCUUAAUGACUGGUAGAUCCUUAAUAAUAUUUUCUAGUUAAUAAGAGACAUGAUUCUUAAUUGCAGAACUCUGCACAAAAGGGUUGCUGCUAUUGGAUUCCAAACUGCCAUGCCCUCUACACCAGUGGUUGACAAGGCAAAUAGGAAAUUACUCCUUAGAGGAAUAAAGUAUUAUUUAGAUUUAGAACCUGAGAAAACAGGAGAACUUUCCCUUUAGAAGCCGGGAACUUUCAUUUUGCCUUCAUGACCCUUGUGAACCACUUGGGUCUCUCACUGGUUGGUAUAGUUAGGAGGGUACAAUUGGGUGCUUUUUGUACAAGUUUUCCAUCCCCCACACAAUUGGAGAGUGAUUUGUAGACCAUGACAUUUAUAAUAUAAUGACUUUUACUCUGGUGUAUUACUAAUGCAUUUUUGUAUGUCUUAAAACCUGCCAAGUAAAUUCUGUUUCAUUUAGAAUACAGUAAUUUCAAGAUACCAAAUAAGGAAAGUAGUAUAAUUUACUCAUCAACAACUAUAUGUACCUACUACAUGCCAAGUUUUGUCCUAGGCACUGAGGAGCUAGCUUUGUAAAACACCUUCUUUCAGUGUUUGUAUUCUAGUGGAGGAAGUUAACCCAUUUUAAGAAUUAAAUGUACAGUGUGUUAAGUGGAAAGUGCUCUGAAGAAUAAAGUAGGGUCGGGCUAGUGCAACUCUGGAGAAGAGUGUUAUUUUAUUGAGGGGGUUUGGAAUGGCAUCCCUAAACACCACCUCUGUUAGCGAUUGUGUCUUCAAAUUCCACCCCUUUGGUUAAAAUGCCUUGCACAUUCAAUACAUUUAUAAAAUUUCCCUUUUGGAAGGCGUGAUACUGAAUUAAGGAAUGAGCUACAACUUAAAAGCACUUCAUUUUGAUUAUAUCUAAAGGGUUUUUCUCCAUUGUUUUACUAGUAGGUGAGUGAUAACCUAAAGGUGUUGCAAUUAUUCCACUUGGGGAGUUUCUCUCCAUUUUGAAUUCUCUGGUGGUUACUAAAACUUAAAUUCUGUUAAAGGGUUUUUCAUAAUCUUUAAAUUUGUAUGGUUCUUUCCCAGCAUGAAUUUUCUGAUGUUUAAGGCUUUGAGACUUACUUAAGGGCCUGUCUGUUUUGCUGCAUUUAUAGAGUUUCUGGCUUCUGUUCAUUGUUUGAUGCUGAUUAAGUUACAAAUGGUGACAAAAGACUUUAUUCUUCUGCAUACAGUAAAGUUAGAUAAGAGUCAUGGCUAAAACUCUACAAUAAAAUUACAUUCCUGCCUUUACAAUCUCACUGAAUUCCCUGUGUUCAUUAAAGUGGUAACUGUGGGUAAAGGCAUUCUCAGAUUCAUUUUAAUGGCAUUUUUAAAAACCUGUAGCUGGUUGACAUGCUAGUUUAGAUUGCUUGUCAUUUUUCUCUCUCCACCGUCUAGGACUCCUUCUCUGGCUCCCAUAGGGAUACCCCAUUUAUCACAGAAUACAGGAUCUGUUCUCUGGUAUCACUUCCUUGUAUUAAUUUUUAGCAUAAAUGAGAUACCAUAUUAUGGAAGUAUUACAUUAAAAAACCUUUAACGUAUCUAUAAUUAAAAUAUAUGUUACAUAUUCAUGCUGGUAUUCUUUACAUUUUUUUCCCCUACUUCUAGUUAAGAUUUCCAAGUAAAAUGUUAAGCAUAUAAACUUAAAAAAAACAAAUAAAACCAUGUUACCAUA